GGCGACAAGCCGCCUCCUGUCCCCAAUGCCACAUGGGGCUCUCGAGGGAAAGUGGGAGACUUGGAGGAAACUGUGAAUGAUGGUAGACCUGAGCGAGAAAUGCUCCUCCAGGUGUGCCAGGCCCAGGUUGCUGAGCUGGAACAGUGGCUAGACAAAACUAAAAUGUCCCUGAGCUCAGACCCUCAGACCCCCAAAAUGCAGCACGUGGUGGAAAUACAGCUUGCUGAAUACCAGGUAACGAUAUCAGAGCUUGAACAAAAGGUCCUUUCCUUACUGCAAGAUUACAGAGAUGAUGCAGACUACCAACAAGAGACAGAAGCUCUUUCCUUGAGGCUGAAAGAAGUGAGGUGCGAUUUGGAAGAAGUCCAGAUGAUGCUUCAAGAAAAAUGUGAUGAAGAGCAGAUUUACGACACGGAGAGGAUUGACCCAGAGCCCCUUGAGGUUCUACACUCAAACAACACCAGCACAUCCCAGCUUGCCCUUGCUGAACAGCCACUCAUUUGGCACAACGGUUUCCAGCACCCACAGGAUCUGAAAGUAAAAGCAGGUGAGCAGAAAAGCCUCAUGGACUUCAUUGAAUCAUGUGUGGAAAAAAUGCAGUUACAAUUUGAGGACAGCGUGACUCAGAAAUUAGAAUCAAGCAAUGGAGAAUCUGAUCCAAAGAGCAAGCAGGAUGAUCCCACCUUAUCUCCAAAGGACCAGAUGGGUAAUAAAUGGCAAUAUUUACAACAAGAGCUGUCAUCAAAGAUGAAAUCUCCUCUCUGCCAGCUUGUGGAACCUCAGAUUACAACAAAGAUGAACAUACUGCCCCGAGGCACAUUUGCUAGUGCAGGAACCCCAACUGUGGAAGAACUGAAAACUUACACUGUCCAGCUGGGAGAGCUAAGCCAAGAAGCAAAUGUGGUGCAUGCACAGGAUAAUGUGGCAGAGGAAGUCUCUUCAAAUUUGGACAGAAAAUUGUUUGAGCUGCUUCUGCCAAUCAGCCAAUGUUUGAAUAACAUGGAGGAGAUGUUAAACACCUCAGUCCUCUCCACCGAAGAGGCAGCCAUGCAGCAAGCGCUUUACGAGACUCUUUCUGUCGAGCUGCAAAAACUUCACGCUGAUCUGAGUGAUAAAAAGAAUGAUCUUCUAAAGUCUAUUAGCUGUGCUGGUGGGAGCACAGAUGUGUUCUGUGAGUGCUUUAACAACUUGCAGGCACGGCUGAAACAACCUCAACCUGCCACUGCUUCAAGGAGCAACUCAAUGAAAGCUGGGCUGGAUCAUAAUAGCAAUUAUCAGAAUGAAAUCAGACUGCUCUAUGAUCAGUUAACUGAGAAAAAAGCUACUCUGCAACAGUGCUUGAAUGCAAUAUGUGGACAUAAUGUUUCUGAACAGCUUCAGAAAACUGAUGCCUGGGCUUUGGAGCUGCAAAACUUUGAAAACCAAGUAGCAAAACUGAGAGGCCAUGGGGAAAGAUUUCAGUUACCUAUCACCUUAAUCCAGGAAGCUUAUAAAUUAGAGGAUGUUUUGGAUGACAUGUGGGGGAUUCUGAAAGCAAAGUAUGUGGAGCUGAACCCUCCUUCCAUCAGUGAGAGCCAGUACGAGGACUUACUUCAUGGAUUUGCAGAGCUGGUAGCUAUUGGACAAGAGAAGAUUGCACAAGAUCCAAAGCAGCUAACAAAAAGCAGAGCAGCUCUGCAGUCUCACCUGGAAAAUCACAAGGACUUUUUCCACAACCUCAUGACCCACAUGACUUUCAUGCAAAUGUUUUCUGAGAAAGUGACUCCUUCCAUCCUACAAAAGAGAGAAGAAUUCUGGAGAGAGCUAGUGAUUGAAGUCAAGUUGCUGGAGCAGAAGGCUUGCGAAUAUGGUAUAGACUUAGAGAGUCUGUUAAAGGAAUGGAUGGAAUUUGAUGAUGGAUGCCUGGUUUUCAAUAAGGAGUUAGAGGCACUUGCCUCUACGUUGCCUUCUGUGAAUUUGGUUGAAGAAACAGAAGAAAGAUUAAUGGAAAGGAUUGUACUUCUAGAGCAAAUCAAAAGAAGUGUUGAUGAAAAGCAUGCCAGGCUGUACCAGAUGGUGAAACAAGGGAAGAAAUUGCUUACUGCUGUGAGCUGUCCAGAAAUAAGAAGCCAGAUUGGGAAGCUGGAAGAGCAGUGGUUGUCUUUAACCAAAAAAGUUGGCCAUGAACUACACCGACUUCAAACAUUACUCAAGCUCUUGGUCAGCUACAACAGAGACUCGGAGGAAUUAAUGAAAUGGCUGGAUUCUGCUCAGCAGAGAAUGAAUUUGUGGAAAGGGCAGUCUCUCAAUGUGUCGCAAGAUCUUCCCACCAUCAGGGAUAACAUCAACAGUUUGUUUACAUUCUCUAAGGAAGUUGAUGAAAAAUCUUCCCUGAAGUCAUCUGUGGUGAGCACUGCCAACCAGCUCUUUCACGUGAAGCAGGCUGAUACUGCAGCACUUAGGUCAUCUUUGGCAAAGUUUGAGCAAAAAUGGGGAGAACUGAUUACACAGCUCCCAGCCAUCCAAGAAAAGCUUCACCAGCUUCAGAUGGAAGAACUUUCAUCGCGGGAGGCUAUUGCUGAACUAAUGAUCUGGCUGGACCAUGUGGAACAACAGCAGGGACAUGAGGAGCCAAUAAAUUCACAGCAUAGUGCUGCCCAAGUCAGAAGCCUCCUUCAGAAGUACAAGGAAUAUAUGAUGGAGAUGAACUUUAAACAGUGGAUGGUAGAUUAUGUGAACCAGUCACUCUUGCAGAUGAGCACUUGUGAUGUGGAAAGCAAGCGAUAUGAAAGGACAGAAUUUGCUGAAUGUCUUGGAGAGAUGAACCUGAGGUGGCACAGGCUGCAGGCGUCUCUGAACAGAAAG